AUGUCUAUCGAAACUGCUAAAAAAUUGGCAGCAUACAGAGCUGUCGAUGAGAACUUACCACCCAAGGCCAAAGUAAUUGGUAUUGGUUCCGGAUCUACUGUGGUUUACGUUGCUGAACGUAUAGGGCAAUUGUCCAACAAGGACGACUUUGUCUGUGUAUCAACCGGAUUCCAGUCAAAAGCGCUCAUUGUUGAUAAUGGUUUACGUUUGGGCCAGAUUGAACAAUACCCAUCCAUUGAUAUUGCCUUUGAUGGUGCUGAUGAGGUUGACCCGCAAUUGAACUUGAUCAAAGGUGGGGGUGCAUGUUUGUUUCAGGAAAAGUUGGUUGCCUCGGCAGCAAAGAAGUUAAUUGUUGUUGCUGAUUAUAGAAAACAGUCAAAGAAGUUGGGCGAACAUUGGCAUCAAGGGGUCCCCAUUGAAGUUGUACCUAUUGCGUUUACCAAGUUAAUCGGCGAUAUCACCAAGUUGGGGGCUAAAACAGUGAACUUGAGACAAGGAGGUAAAGCCAAGGCAGGACCUGUGAUUACCGACAACAACAACUUCAUCUUGGACGCCGAUUUUGGCGAGAUUGAGGAUCCAAACAAGUUGCAUCAUGAAUUGAAGCAAUUGGUUGGUGUUGUUGAAACCGGUAUCUUUUCCGGCAUUACUCAAAAGGCAUACUUUGGAGAAGAGUCGGGUGAGGUGACUACAUGGCUGUUAGAGAGUAAGUAA